AUGGACGAGAGCAAGACCUACGUAAAUGUGAAGUUCGGACAAACGGAUGCACAGUCUCCUUCCAACGCUGAACCUGAGGUAUCGUACGUGGAACUUAAUCUCAGGACCAUCUCUGUUCCCCGGUUCCGGACAGGUGGAGUCGGUCUGACCUCCACCUACGCAGAGCUGAACUUUUCGAAAGACGAUACCCUCAUUGCUGAGUCUGAGGAUCACCGCAACGCCUCGCGGCCCGGCGAGCAGCCAAUCACUGCACAGAUAGCUGCGGAUGAACAGCAGUCGAAAAUGAAGAUCGGAAACAGACCGCACCGUCUGAUCUGCCUACUCUGCCUAGUCACAGCCGCCCUCAUCGUGAUAGUGACUGGUCUCUCGAUCCAUGUGUCACAGAUUCAUCAAUCUAAGGUCACUUCUGACCGAGACUACCAUGAGUUAAAAUCAACCCUUCAAUCCAUGCUCUCCGCACUCAACUGUAAUCGGUCCACUCUCCGUAACCAGUUCACUGAGAUGGAAACGAAGUACAGAUCUGUCAAUGAGACCAAAGCUCAAAUCUGUGAAUUUUUGACCAGCAGAAGAGAGCAAACGUUUUCCCAGGAAUGGAUCAGAAAUGAAGACGGGUGUUAUUUUAUAUCCACGUUUAAAUAUUACUACAAAGAGGCGAAAGAGUAUUGUUUGAGCACUGAUUCUAAACUUCUUGAAAUAAAUUCAGCGGAAGAAGAGAUUUUUAUUAGCAAAGCUGUCCACGACCAAGGCAUUUCAUAUUGGAUUGGAAAAUGCAAAGACGGAGAAGUGGCUUCGAAUGCCUUGGGCCGGAUUAACGGUGGAGAUUUUGAAUGCG